AUGACCCCCCGCAUCACCAUCCUCGGCUCCCUCAACAUGGACCUCGUCAGCUACGUCCCGCGCCACCCCCAGCCCGGCGAGACCCUCACCGCGAGCCACUUCUCCGUCUCGCCCGGCGGCAAGGGCGCCAACCAGGCCGUCGCGUGCGGCAAGCUCUCGCGCCCCAGCUCCCUCGCCGGCCCGCCCGCCGCCCACGUGUCCAUGCUAGGCGCCGUCGGCGACGACGCCCACGGCGCCGCCCUGCUCGACAGCCUGCGCUCCUACGGCGUCGACACGAGCGGCGUCGCCGUGCGCCCCCGCGCCAGGACCGGCGUCGCCGUCAUCGUCGUCGACGAGCCCUCCGGCCAGAACCGCAUCAUCCUGUCGCCCGAGUCGAACCACUCCCUCCGCCCGGCCGACUUUGCCCGCCUGCCCGCCCCGCGGCCCGACCUGCUCGUCAUGCAGCUCGAGAUCCCGCUCGAGACCGUCGUGCGCGCCCUCGAGGCCGCCAGGGCCGACGGCGUCCCCGUCCUGCUCAACCCCGCGCCCGCCCAGCCGCUCCCCGACGCCGCCUACGACGGCCUGGCCCACCUCGUCGUCAACGAGACCGAGGCCUCCAUCCUGUCCGGGCGCCCCGAGUCGGACCUGGACGAUGCCGCCGGCCUCGAGAGCGUCGCGCGCGCGUUCCUCGACCGCGGCGUCAGCAACGUCAUCGUCACCCUUGGCGGCAGGGGCGUCUACUAUGCCACCCGGUCGGGGGAAAAGGCCCUAGUCCCCGCCCUCAAAGCCAAUGUCGUCGACACCACCGCCGCCGGCGAUACUUUUGUCGGGUCCUAUGCCUUGGCCGUCGCGCGGGGAGCCGAGUCCGACUUUGAUAUCCAUGCUGCCGUUCUGGCUGCCAACGCGGCAUCGGCUAUAACAGUUUCACGCAAGGGUGCCCAGGUAUCUAUACCUUGGAAAGACGAGUUACACUGA